CCCCUGUAGUUGGGUUUUGAUUUCCUUUUUCUUCUGUAGGGUCUAUUUGGUCUCUUGGGUUUGUGCUAGCUAGUUCAGAUUGAGAGUCUGGGACUCAAAGUUUGAGUCUUUUUUGUUUUGAAGUGACUGGUUUUGCUUUAAACACUUUAAAGUUUUGUUUUUUAUUUGUUUGAUACUGAAAAACUUGAGCUGGGGCAGCUGGGCUUUGGCCACAGGAGGCACGAGGUGUGUUUCUUCUUCUUCUAUUCACUUUUUCUCUGACUUUGUUUUGCUUCUUUUUUUUUGGUUCAAUCAUUUUGGGAUUUUGAUAAGCAAAAGAAGCAAGCUUUGGUUUUUUUACAGUUCUUGUUUGUGUUUUGUGAUUGAAGCUAUCAUCUGGGAUUUCUUCACUUGUUUAGUUUCUGUUGAAGGGUUGAUAGAACCCAGAAAAAAAGUAGCUGGAAAAUAGUGUAGGAAAAGCUUAGAGAGCAAUUUGGAUUGAGAAAAGUGAUAGGAAAUUGGAGUUUUGCUUUGUGGGAGAUGGGUAGGUUCAAAAUCAUUGCAGGUGGGUAUUUCUGUUUUUGUUGGAAAACCCGGGUGGGUUUUUUGAGAUCUUAGAAUAUGGCAUUGAGUUUUCAAAAUACUUGGUGGGUUUCUGUUCCUUUCUCUAUCUUUUUUUGUUUUUGUUUUCCAAGUGAAUUUGAGUUCAUCAGUUUUGAAAAAUGGUGAAUAGUAGUCACUUGGCUGCAAUGUUGAGAGCAGUAGCUCUUGGGUUGUUGGUUUCCUGUUUGGCUGUAUCUGUUUCAGCCAGUGAUAAUGAUUUUGUGAAUUGUAAUUGUGAUGAUGAGGGUUCUUGGAGCAUUCAGAGCAUUUUAGAGUGUCAAAGAGUGAGUGCUUUCUUGAUUGCAAUAGCGUAUUUUUCGAUCCCUAUAGAGCUCCUUUAUUUUGUCAGCUGCUCAAACUUUCCAUUCAAAUGGGUCCUCCUUCAGUUCAUCGCGUUUAUAGUCCUUUGUGGAUUGACCCAUUUGCUCAAUGCCUGGACUUAUUAUGGCCCUCAUAGUGCUCAGUCAAUGUUACCACAGUCUUCUUCCCUUGGGAACUCAUUUCCAUCAUCGUCCAGGCUUCCCUGUGACAGUCAGAUUUCUUCAGUUUACCCUCAUGAAAGACAUUCCCAAAUUUCUCCAAUCAAUAGGUUACCAAGUGGAGAAUCACUGUCACUGACCCAUUCACAGUUACAAUCUACACCAGUGGCUAGUUACCCUGAGCAAAAUAAAGAUAUUUCCUGGUGCCCAGAUUCAAUUCAGGAGUUUCUGCACUUUCCUGAAAAUCUCCCUGAUCAGAAUGGCCUGGUAGAUACUAGUACUGGUGUCAUAAUGUCUGAUGAUCAUGCUGAAAAGACUGAUUGGUCUGACUUGUAUCCAUUAAUUUCUUUUGAUGGUCCUCUGGAUCCAUAUUGGGAGCUUUCGAUUGAUGAUGUUCCUGUGGUGGAUCCCAAACCGGAGGUGUUGAAGCAUUCUUCUAAUAUCCCGGUGCAGCAGCCCGAGAUUCAACAGCAUCAGCCCGAGAUUCAACAGCAUCAGCCAGUACAAUCUGGAGAAAUUUUUACUAGCCCUGACCCAGUGUCCACUGCACCUUCAACCAAAGCUAGAAUGCGUUGGACACAAGAACUUCAUGAGGCCUUUGUUGAAGCUGUCAACCAGCUUGGUGGUAGUGAAAGAGCCACUCCUAAGGGUAUCUUAAACGUCAUGAAGGUUGAAAGCUUGACAAUCUAUCAUGUAAAAAGCCAUUUACAGAAAUAUAGAACAGCCAGAUACAAACCAGAGUCAUCAGAAGGAACUUGUGAGAAGAAUCUGACUCCUGUUGAAGAAAUGAAUUCUAUAGACUUGAAAACGAGCAGUAUGGGGAUUACUGAAGCAUUGCGGUUGCAGGUAGAACUCCAGAAGCAGCUUCAUGAACAACUUGAGAGUCAAAGAAAGUUGCAGUUGGAAAUUGAGGAACAAUCAAAGUACCUUGAAAAAAUGUUUGAGCAACAAAGGAAGAUGGACGACAACAGGGUCAAGCCGACAUCAUCAACAUCAGAUGAGCAUAAUAAAAUAGGAACCAGCGCUCCUGUGGAUGAAGGUUCACAAGAUGCAAGUAUGAAACAGAAGGCGCAAGAAUCUGAAACUCAUGAGACUCAUGAUCCUCCAGGUGAUGCCGAUUCUGGUGCCGUCCCCACAAAACGAGCAAGGACUGGAUGAAAAGGAAUAUUGCUGCUCCAGGGGUUGUCUUGCCUUUUCGAAGCUUUGAUAGACAGCAUGUAUUUAUGGUAGGAUGAACCAAGCGGACUCAAAUCAGGAAACCGUUAAGAGUUUAAGUUUCUUAUUCAAAUUAUCUAAACCUUGACAUGUUUGCUUUUAUUCAAAAGUGAAGACUGGUUUUGGUGGCUUAAACUUUAGUCUCUGAGUUUCCUGAUUGUAUUCUCUGACUAGGUAUGAAUUCUUCUUGGUUGAUGGAAUAAUGUUCCAAUCAAUGUAUUGAUGUUUUCCCUCAACUGUGACAAUCAAUAUCAUGUAUAGAUGUACAGUAGCCUUGUCUGUUGUAUAUAUAAUCUCCAAAAAUGGCCCUUGUUUUU